AUGGUGUCCGCCUUUCUUUCUCCCGGCCUGGUGGCCAGCGAGCACGACUUGGCCUCUCUACACCUGAGACGGGACCAGUCUCUCCCGGUGAUACUUUCCACCCAAGCCACCAAUGCCGACGACGAAGGCUACGCCGAAGGCGUCGUCACCAACACUCGGUUCGGGUCAUAUCCCCAUUCCACCAUAAUUGGGGCGCCAUGGGGCAGCCAGAUUCGAGCAAGCAUGGUCGACACUGGCUCUCGGGGCAGAAAGGCACAGAACUCCAAAAAGCGAAAGGCCGAGGCGAUGGGCCAAGCAGGAGACAACGAGAAUGGGCCCGUCACGAAGGACGCUGUCGCUGCGACUUCUGGGUUUGUCCACGUCAUGCCGCCUACGCCUGAGAAUUGGACGACCAGUCUACCUCAUCGUACGCAGGUGGUGUACACUCCGGACUACAGCUACAUCUUGCACCGGAUCAGAGCACGACCGGGGUCAAGACUGAUAGAGGCAGGCAGUGGCAGUGGCAGUUUUACACACGCAGCCGCCCGUGCUUGUUUUGAUGGCUAUCCGAAGGACGACGACAUUGAGAAGAAAGACGAUGGGGGUUCUCCUCCUCCUGUUAAGAAGGCACCCAUCCCGACAGGCAAGGUAUUUUCGUACGAGUUCCACGCAGAACGACAUCGGAAAGUCAAGGACGAAAUGGUCGCGCAUGGCUUAGACUCGAUCGUGCAAGCAACGCAUAGAGAUGUCUACCGCGACGGAUUUCUCCUAGAAGACGAAACUGGUGCCGCCGAAAAAAUCUCCCCGAGAGCUAACGCGAUCUUCUUGGAUCUUCCUGCGCCCUGGGAAGCGCUUCCGCAUCUGACUCGGGAUCCUGAGAGCGGUGCAAUCUCUGCUCUUGAUCCCCAGUCUGCCGUCCACAUCUGCACAUUCAGCCCGUGCAUAGAACAGGUCCAGCGCACGGUGUCCGCAUUACGGCGGUACGACUGGUUGGACAUUGAAAUGGUCGAGGUGGAACACAAACGCAUCGAGGUCAAACGGGAAUACACCGGCAUGCAAUACGAGGGGAUGCGAGGGGUGAAUGUCUUUGCCGGCGAUGUUGACGAAGCACUCGCGAAGCUGCGCCACGUCGAACGACGCGCUCAGGAUUUUCAUGCUGGAAGCCUAGAGGGGGACAAGCCUGCCAAGACCAAGCAGAGGCAAGACGAUAGUAACAUCAACAACAAUAACAACAACAAACUUCCCUUCGACGGGGGCAGACUAGUCCAUCGCACCGAACCAGAGUUGAAGACGCAUACGUCAUAUCUAGUCUUCGCGGUUCUGCCGCGUAGGUGGACCGAGGAAGAUGAGGCUGCGGCGAGGGCUAAAUGGUCGAAGCACGUCACGGUCAAGUCAAACGUGCCCAAGAGCCAGCGACAGCUGAAGAAGGAGGCGAAGCUGAGGGCGAAAGGGGUGAAUGGGUUGAAUGGCGCCAAGGGUGAUGCGGAGACUGGAAGUGCAGAGGCGGGUGUUGAGAAGGAUGUCGAAAUGGCCAAAUGA